GUGAGACUUUAAGGUGUCUGCCUGUUUGCACUGGUGCCAUGGCUCACCCACAGCAAGGAGGGCUGCCUGCCGUUCAGGCCGGGCUGAGAGAGGCCCUGCUUGACACUCUGAAUGGCAUCCUUUCUCCCGGACACGAGGUGCGAGCGGCUGCCGAGGAGCAGUUGAAAGUGUUAGAAGUGACAGAGGAGUUUGGAGUACAUUUGGCAGAACUGACUGUGGAUCCACAGGGUGCUCUUGCUAUUAGACAGUUGGCGUCAGUGAUUCUUAAGCAGUAUGUAGAGAAUCAUUGGUGUUCUCAAUCUGAGAAGUUUAGAUUGCCAGAAACAACAGAACGGGCCAAAACUGCAAUUCGCCAGCUACUUCCUACAGGGCUGCGAGAGUCUAUCAGUAAGGUGCGAUCUAGUGUAGCUUAUGCUGUGUCUGCCAUUGCACACUGGGACUGGCCAGAGGCAUGGCCUCAGUUGUUCAACAUACUCAUGGAGAUGUUGGUGAGCGGGGAGGUCAAUGCAGUUCAUGGAGCAAUGAGAGUGUUGACAGAAUUCACCAGAGAGGUGACUGACACACAAAUGCCUCUGGUUGCCCCCGUUAUUCUUCCAGAAAUGUACAAGAUAUUUACUAUGUCAGAGGUUUAUGGCAUUCGAACUCGCUCCCGUGCAGUUGAGAUCUUCACCACUUGUGCCCAUAUGAUUUGUACCAUGGAGGAGCUUGAAAAGGGUGUUGCCCAUGCUCUGAUCUUCCCAGUUGUGCAACAGUUCACAGAAGCAUUUGUGCAGGCUCUACAGAUGCCUGAUGGGCCAACGUCUGACAGUGGCUUAAAGAUGGAGGUGUUAAAGGCAGUGACUGCUCUGGUGAAGAAUUUCCCUAAACACAUGGUGUCCUCCAUGCAGCAAAUCUUGCCUAUUGUGUGGAAUACCCUAACGGAGAGUGCAGCAUUCUAUGUUAGGACAGAAGUAAAUGACACUGAAGAUAUUGAGGAUCCUGUUGAUUCAGAUGGAGAGGUUUUAGGUUUUGAGAACCUGGUUUUUAGUAUCUUCGAAUUUGUGCAUACAUUACUAGACAGCAAGUUUAAAGGGACAGUUAAGAAAGCACUUCCAGAGUUAAUUUAUUACAUUAUUCUGUACAUGCAGAUAACAGAGGAACAGAUAAAAGUUUGGACUGCAAAUCCUCAACAGUUUGUUGAGGAUGAAGAUGAUGACACUUUUUCGUAUACUGUCCGUAUUGCAGCUCAGGAUCUGCUGCUAGCUGUUUCCAGUGAAUUUCAGAAUGAGAGUGCUGUGGCACUAGCAGCGGCAGCCACACGUCAUCUUCAGGAAGCAGAGCAAUAUAAGGCUCAAGGAGGAGAGCAUUGGUGGAAGAUACAUGAGGCCUGUAUGCUGGCCCUUGGAUCAGUAAAGUCUGUGAUCACAGAAGGUGUUCAGAGUGGACGGGUGCAGUUUGAUAUGCAUGGAUUCCUAACUGGUGUCAUCCUUUCAGAUCUCAACCUUUCAGUAUCUCCAUUCCUCCUGGGACGCUCUCUAUGGGCUGCAAGUCGCUUCACAGCAGCAAUGUCUCCGGAGCUGAUACAGCAGUUCCUUCAGGCAACAGUUAGUGGACUGCAUGAUAACCAGCCACCAUCUGUACGCAUUUCUGCUGUCAGAGCCAUUUGGGGGUACUGUGAUCAACUUAAAAUCUCAGAGAGUACCCACGUGUUGCAGCCAUUUCUGCCAAGUGUUCUUGAUGGUUUGAUACACCUUGCAGCUCAAUUUACAUCUGAAGUGCUGAAUCUGGUAAUGGAGACGCUAUGCAUUGUAUGCAGUGUUGAUCCAGCUUUCACUGCCAGUGCAGAGGCCAAGAUCUGCCCCUUCACCAUCGCCAUAUUCCUAAAGUACAGCAAUGAUCCUGUGGUGGCAUCUCUGGCUCAGGACAUUUUUAAGGAGUUGGCUCAAAUACCCGGAUGCCAAAAUGCCAUGCAGAUGAGGCUUAUACCAACUUUGGUUAGCAUCAUGCAAGCACCUGCUGAAAAGAUACCAUCUGGGCUCUGUGCUACUGCAAUUGAUAUUUUAACUACAGUGGUGAGGAACACUAAACCACCUCUAUCUGAGCUGCUAAUCUGUCAGGCCUUCCCUGCUGUGGCCCAGUGCACCCUUCGUGCAGAUGAUAAUACAAUCAUGCAGAAUGGUGGGGAGUGCCUUCGUGCUUACGUGUCGGUUGCUCUCGAGCAAGUUGCUCAGUGGCGUGAUGAACAAGGACACACUGGGCUUUGGUAUGUGAUGCAGGUCGUCAGUCAGCUACUGGAUCCUCGUACAUCAGAAUUUACAGCAGCUUUUGUUGGACGCCUUGUAUCUACACUUAUCUCCAAAGCUGGUCGUGAACUGGGGGAAAAUCUAGACCAGAUCUUAAGAGCGAUCCUUAGCAAGAUGCAGCAGGCAGAGACACUUAGCGUAAUGCAGUCUCUGAUUAUGGUCUUUGCACACCUUGUACACUCCCAGUUGGAGCCCCUGCUUGAGUUUCUAUGCAGUCUUCCUGGCCCAACUGGAAAACCAGCUCUUGAGUUUGUAAUGUCUGAGUGGAUGAGUCGGCAGCAUUUGUUUUAUGGUCAAUAUGAAGGCAAAGUCAGCUCUGUGGCUCUGUGUAAGAUCCUCCAAUACGGAAUAACUGUUGAUGACAAGAGGCUACAAGACAUAAAAGUGAAAGGAGAUGAAAUAUUCAACAUGGAGGAGGGAAUUCGCACAAGAUCAAAGACUUCAAGAAAUCCUGAAUGUUGGACAACCAUACCCCUGCUUGUGAAGAUGUACAAACUGAUUAUUAAUGAAUUGUCCACAGUGAUUGAGGCAAAUGCUACUCGUAAUACAGAAGAUGAGUGGAUUCAGGGGAAUGGUGCGGAUGACCCGAAUGAUAUGUGGGAAGAUGAAGAUGAGGAAGAUGAAGGUCUGGCAGGGCAACUGCUGUCUGAUAUCCUCUCCAGCAAUAAAUAUGAUGAUGAUUAUUAUGAAGAUGAUGAAGAGGAUGAUCCUGAUGUACUGAAGGAUCCUCUAUAUCAGAUUGACUUACAGACCUACCUGACAGAUUUCCUGAGGCAGUUUGCUCAGCAGCCAUGCUUUUCUGCAUUCUCCGAACAUCUCAACGACAAUGAGCGGCGGACCCUUCAGUCAAUUGGAAUUUGAAUUCCCCAGCUAUGGAAUGAUGCCUGGUGCCAUCCCAAUAAUGAUUAAAGGGCUGCCCAGCAAUAUCACGUGAACUGGUGACUGCCUUUCCUGGGACACCCUGCUGAUGCUCUGAAGUGAAAUUUGUCAUAAGUUUGUCCUUUAAAAGCCUAACUUGGGAAUCUUCUCACUCCAUUAUCAUUCCCGGACAAUUGGUGAUCAUAAGUAAACUUAUACUUAUAAGCUUAUCACUUAUAUCAUAAGUAAAUUAAGUUGGUGUAAAGAGGUGGCUACAAAGCACUUAGCAAAGUUUCUCUGGAUGCAUUUCCCCUGAGGAAGAGUUACAGAUGCUGCAGUGUCAAAACAGACUGAUUCUUUUCUUUGAACGAACCACACAAUCACAUCAGCGUGUUUCCCGCAUACUUUGUGUCUGUGCAAUUAUGGGAUACCAGUGUUACCUUCCCUACUUCUUUAAAUUAAAACAUAGUGCCUUGUGAUAAUGCAGGGUAAACACAUUCUAAAUGCUCUAUUCCACAUAGUCCAACGACCUCUGUGUAUGGCACUGGUUUGUGAGAAACCUAAUUUCUGUUGGUUGAACCCCUUUUAAAAUAGGUAUAUUUUGUGUCAACAAAUGAGAAUAUUAGCUGUACAUGUAGCACUGGUGCUCCUUCUGAAGACAGAAUGCCAUUUGGGAAGUCUGCACCAACCUUUGGACUGAAAUGUAUGUGACCUCAACUUUGUAGACUACUUUCUGUUGCUUAUUUUUUAGAUCACACAGACUGGAUGCUUCACAUUAACCCUUUUUGCACAAAUCCUAAGGGGUCUGUGAGACAUGCAAGGCACCUUUACACACAGAUUCAUGUGUAGAAUUAUUGUAAACUGAUGUUUCCUUGCCUUUUUACAAUCUGGUUUAACACCAACAAUUUUAGAACAGGUGGCGCUUUUAGCAACUGCUUUAUAACAAUGACUGAGAAGUUGCAAUUUUUAACUAAUCCGGUCAAAUACAUAAAUCCAGCACUGCGAUAAAAAAUGCAGAGGCCUUUUUAAAGUGCUAAAAAUAAUCUUAAAUGUCUAUAACAUCAGUUUCACAAUAACAUUAUUUAUCUACAGGGUCAAAAAAAUGCAAUGAUGACAGUUCUGAAUUACAUUUCAUGUGGUAAAGUCUAUUCUUAAGGCUUUACUGUUUUUGUCAGUGCAAAAUACUUAUAGCAUUAGAGAAUGCGGAGACUCAACUGUAUUGCUUUUACAAGGAAGCAUUUGAAAACAUUUAAUAGGUUUGGGUCAUGUCCAUGUUUAACAAACUGACAUGAGAACUGAGGUAAAA